GUGUGUAUAUAUCUAUCUAUCUCACACAAGCGCAGCAGGCUGUGAGCUCCUGAGCAAACCUUUCUGGGGGUAGUCAGUGGUGAUUUGAAUUUCCUUUCCCCAAAUUCUGGACUUGCCACGUGAGACAUUCAGAGAGGAGGAGAUGCUCCGCCCUGCGUCGCGGAGAGUCCUCAGCUUUCUGUGCAGCUGCUUAUAUGAGAGGCUCUCAAACCUGGAUCCCCAGAUGUUCUCAAACCCCACGAUCCCCAGUGAAUGUGGUCUUAGAGGAUGGAUGGGAUCCUAUGGGAAGAGGACUCUCAGACUAAUUAGUGCUUUAAAGGGUCCAUCUGGUUUGCAUAUGAAUGGGAGACUACAAGAUAAAAUGGCCAACGAGGAUGGAGACGCACCCUCUCUGGGUCUCCAGGUCCAGUCUGUGGGCGUACAGCCUCAGGUGAAACAAGAACUGGAUGAGGGGCCGUCCCAGUGCUGGGGGUCACAGGAGUUCCUGAAGGCGGUGCAGGUUAUUGAUGCGGGUUACGGAUACUCACAAGGCCCGUGGGAGGCUGCAAACACUCCCUUUGAGGGACUGCUUGUUGCUAGCCAGCAGCCUGGAGAAGAUGGGAUGCCAACCAGGCCCCAGCGGCAAGUGACGGGAUGCCAACCAUGCUUCAGCGGAGAAGCCAAACUGAAGUAUACCGGUUCCGAUGUUGAUGGAGAAGUGCUACAAGCCUGUAAGAGUCUGGGCUGUCUAGAGGGAAGAGAAUACAAACCAGUGAAAGAAGAAAUCCUUGACGAGAAUGCUCUGGAGACAGAGGCCCAACGUCAGAAUUUCAGAGGGUUCUGCUACCAGGAGGCUGAAGGGCCCAGGGAGGCAUGCAGCCGGCUGCGUGAACUUUGUUGGCGAUGGCUGCAACCAGAGAGACACGCCAAGGAGCAGAUCCUGGAGCUGCUGAUCCUGGAGCAGUUCCUGACCAUCCUGCCCCAGGAAAUGCAGAGCUGGGUCAAGGAAUGUGGCCCAGAGACCUGUGUCCAGGCAGUGGCCCUGGCUGAGGACUUCCUGCAGAGGCAACGGGAGAGAGAGUUCAGUCGUCUUGUCUGUUUUCAGGGCCUGCUCCAAGAAGCAUCCAUACACCUCCCUGAAGCAGAGCAGGCCCCGUUGGAUAUCAAACCAAAAAAGCUUUGCAAAGAGCCCAAGCAGGAGAGCAACAGAGACACCAGCACUAUGGAUGCUGGAUUGGCCCAUGAGGAAGAGGAGGAGAAGCCAUGCCUGGAAGUUUCUGACCUGGUCAAACCUCAUGGGAUGCUUUCCUGGGGUCAGGAGAACGGAGGCAUCUCUUCCCACCCUCCUGAAAUAGAACAAAGAAAUCAGUCUGGAAGACGAGAGGGUAAAUCCAUUCCUUGCUGGGGAGGUGACAAGAAUUUCGAGGAAAAGAAAAGGGAGAGCAUCCUUAAAAGUGAGGAGCAAGACUUAUGUACUGCUGUAGGUGAGAAGAACAUCAGCCUGCCUUUGAGUCUCUUUGGUCCCGAAAGAAUCCACACAGGAGAAAAACCAUACACUUGUUUGGUAUGUGCAAAAACCUUCAGUUUGAGAUCUAGUUUUGUAGCGCAUGAAAGAGCACACCUGGGAGACAAGCCAUAUACCUGUUUGCACUGUGGGAAAAGUUUUGGGGUGAGCUUGGACCUCACUCGGCACCUGAGAACCCACACAGAUGAGAAACCAUACAAGUGUUCAGAAUGCGGGAGAUGUUUCCGGCAUGGCUCCUCUUUCGUUAGCCACCUGAGAAGCCACACGGGGGAGAAGCCGUUGAAAUGUACCUGCUGCGGGAAAGGUUUCAGUAUCAGCUCAGACUUGAUUAGGCACGAGAGAUCCCACACGGGUGAAAAACCUUACAAAUGCACCGACUGCGGGAGGAGCUUCUGCCAUAGCUCACAGCUGACAAUCCAUCGGAGAAUCCACACAGGAGAGAAAUCAUAUAAAUGCCUCGACUGUGGGAAAAUCUUCAGUGUGAGCUCACUCCUUAAUGGACAUCAGAGAAUCCAUUCUGGUGAAAAACCGUACAAAUGCUUGGAUUGUGGGAAAACAUUCAGUGGAAGAUCGCACCUUAAUAGACACCAGAGAAUCCACACAGGGGAGAAGCCGUUUAAGUGCUUGGUGUGUGGGAAAAGCUUCUGUAUGAGCUCAGACCUGAUUGCACAUGAGAGAAUCCACACUGGACAUAAACCCUACAAAUGUUUGGAUUGCGGGAAAAGUUUUAGUCAGAAACAGCACUUGACUAGCCACCAAAGGACCCACACAGGAGAGAAACCCUAUGUCUGCUCACAUUGUGGCAAAGGUUUCAGUGUGAGCUCCAACCUCAACACCCAUGAGCGAACUCACACAGGAGUGAGACCCUUUAAAUGUUCUGACUGCGGGAAAAGCUUCAGUCAGAAAUCACACCUCAUUGGCCACCAGAGAAUCCACACAGGGGAAAAGCCCUAUUUGUGCAUUGAUUGUGGGAAAACUUUUGGUUCCAGCUCAAAUCUUAUGGCACAUGUGAGAACCCACAGUGGAGAGAGAGCCUAGGAGUGCCUGGAGGAAAUUUGGGGAAAGAAGAGUUCUCAGAUUCUCUCCUCAGUCAAAUGUAUUUGCAAACAUUCAAAUUUAACUUUCCCUCAACACUCCUAAUUAUGGAUGCUACAUGAUUUUAGGGAGAAAUUUGAUAUAUAUAAAAUUACUGGCUGACAUUCUCCGCAGAGGGCUACAAAAGAGAUCUGCAAAAGACUUCAGCUUUCCUGUGCGGAAGGCCUCUUUGCACAGCAGACUGGGUGUAGAAGGGGAGGGAGAGUGAUUUUUGUGUCUCUCCCUUCCCUCUUAUAUGAAUAUGUCCCUGAGGGCUGUGCAAUCCUCCAGAACAGAUUUAUACAAGCUGAAAUAACUUUUGGAGGGAGAUGCAAAAACCACUUCCCCCUCCCCACCCAACCCACUGCACAAAGAAGCCUUAAGGACACUGAAGGCUCUUUGCAGACCUUUUUCUGUCGCUGGAGGGCUGCGGAGAAUGUCAGCCACUCUAUUUAGAAUGUUAACAUGUAACGCCUGUGGAUUAAAUUUGAGGGAAGAAAGUUAAGAUUACAGAGUAUGACGUGUUGCUCACCUUAGCCCAUGUGCUGGCCAUUAUCUAGUCUAGAUGCCUGCCAGUGCCUGGGCUGGAGCAGGAGGAGGUGGCUGUGGCAGCUCAGGCUUGCAUUGCCAUUGGGACUGCUGCUGCUGGUGCAUCUGCGGCUAUGGCAGGAUUGGCUUAAUUGCCUGUCCAAGAGGCUCCUGCUGCUGCUGACACUUCUCUUCCUCCAGGAGCAUUUCCAGAUGGGGCUUUUAGCUCACGUCUCCUCCAGAAUGGAGGUGUGUGUGUUCACAUCUCAGAUUUACCCCCAGGUCCCUGUGAGCUAUUGGGGAGCACUUCACACACGAUUCGGGGUUUUUAUUGUCCAUUGG